CUUUCACAGCGAAGGAAAGCAGUUUUUCAAAAACCAGUUCCUCCAUUAGAAGAGGCCCUCAAACAAAUUCAGGAAUCUAACUUAAAAUCAGAAGUAAUCCUUCCCUCUUCCCACAGAUCAACAAUAAACUGGAGCCCAUGUGAGAGGACACUGGUUGAAAAGAAGAACAUCAUGCAUGGACCUUCAGGCCAAAAAAAAUACGAAUCAAAAGCCUAGAGGCAGCCCAAUAAACUAAACAACCAUCUUAAUAAGGCUGUCUUUCUACCCGCCUCUCCAAAUGCUUUUCCACCUGUGCAGAUCCAUUCCUGCCUGUCCAGCUGUCUCCACACCUGGCCCCUACCUACCUGAUCAGCUAUCUCCUUCACGGGCCCCAUUUCUAUCCCACCAUUCCCAAAUUAUUCCUAGCUAUCCAACUGUUUCUCCUACCCGCCAGCCCCGUACCCUGCCUAUCCCUCCCUCUGUCCCCUCUGCUCUUCCAAAGACCUUUUUACCAGCCCCGUUACUGUCCUCCCCAGUCAAAUAUCUUCCUCGCCCUCCAGCCCCAGUUACUUCCAGCUUUUCUAGCAGUCUCCCUCGUCUACCAGCCCCAGUUCCUUCUGGCCCACCUGACCAUCUACCCCACCCACCCCAAAGUUCUCCAAUCACUCCUGAUUCUGACUCACAGAGCAAGUUAUUUUACAAAACUUUUAGACCCAAACAUUUCCUUCCAGCACAGCGUUCUACCCCAGCCACUCUAAUGCCUGCCCUUGUUCGUCGUUCCCUUCCAGCUCGACUGGUUGUUUCCCCAACCCCUUUGGAAGCUCUCCCUGUUUUGAAGCCUUCCUGUUUGUUCAGUCAUCCCCCUCAUCAACCAGUCCCCACUCUUUCUUAUAUCACUCCGUUGCCUGAACAUCCUGCUAGUUUAGAUACUUUUCAGUCAGACCAGCAAUCUGUUCCACAAAUCACAACAUUGUCAAAUCUGCCCCAGGCCUUUGUAGACCAUCCAUCUGCCUCAGUUCUCUCCUGUCCACCUCCCUGUCAUUCUCCAUCCUCUUCUUUGUCUCUGUCUCCUUCUACUUCCACAUCCUCUUCUUCACCCUCUAUACAGGCUUCUUCCUCUUCAUCCAUUCUUUCCUCCUCUUCACCCUCCUCUUCUACUUCUCCAUUUUUACCUCCUUCAUCUAUCCCUCUUUUUUCCUCUCCUUUGCAAUCAGCUCCCUCUCCGUGGUUGCCCCCAACAUAUUUAGAUUUUCCCCCUCCAGUUCCUCCUGUAUCUUCUUCCUUUAUGAUUUCUUCUUCCUUUCCCCCCAUGCUUCACUCUCCCUCUCUUUCUACCUCCCCAUCUCCUUUUAUUCCUAUCCAUCCCUUCAAUCCUCCUCACUGGGGGAAGAAAGUAGAGAAGAGAAGAGAAGCAAGUGGAGUAGAGAAGAAAGAACUAGAGAAGAAAAAGUUGAGAGACGACAACUUUAAAGAGCUAUAAAUAAUGCCUUGCUUUCAUCAUUGUCAAAAAAUGAUCAGAAGCAUCAGAAACAUCUCUUAUCCAAAAUCAAUUGUGAUAAAGAAAUGAAGGAAAACAGCAGGGCAAACUUGACUGCUAACAAAGAUGUGUUCCAGCUUAAACUGGAGGAAACUCAGAAACUCCUAGAAGAUCAGCAUCUAAGCAGUUUGCAAAAUUUUUGUGAUGAAGUUAAUCAGAUAACAAAUUCUGAAACCCUCUCAAGCGUAGACAGUCUUGAGGCUGGGGAACAUGAAGAAAUAUAUUUAACACUUAAUAAGGAGCCUUCCACAUCAGUUCAGCAGAAUUCUAGUUUCCUCAAAUCAGCAAAUCUGCAAUCAACUGAUCUAAGCUGCUUUGAUGAAGAUAAACUGUCAUUCUCUAAAACUCAACAUAUAAAUAAUUGGCUUACAAAUUUAGAUGAUCCAAAUACUCAGAUUGUCACAUCUUGCUCAGAUAUUUUUAGUAAACCUAAUGCUCUACCUUCCUGUGAAUGUUUUAAUAGUAAAGAACAAACUCCAUCUGCUCUGAGUAGAGCUGUGGAAAGAGCCACAGAUACUGCUAAUAAUUCGGUAGCUUUUGUAUAUAGUCCACCUACAUUUGUUCAAGAUAAAAAAAGUGAAAAGACCUCUGAAACUAGUACUCUGAGGACAACUGACUCCUCUUCUGAAGCAUUCAAAAGGGAAAGACCAUUAGUUACUGACAGCCCAACGUUUAAAUUCAGCAAAACCUGGACCACUCCACAUUCUCUAACCCAGGAAAUGGCUACAUUUUCAGACGAAAAGAAAUAUUCUGAAAUAACUCAAGAAAAAAGAACUACUUCAAUUCCUACUUCAUUUGUACCUGUGGCAACGCCUUUAGUUUUGCCAUCUAAUAGACAAUCAGCUAGGCCUUUACCAAACAGCAGUAUACAGAUAAAAGAAAUCGACCCAGUGCAGUGUUCUGAUAAGUUAGGGGAAUUGAAAGAUGUUAAAGAUGAAAAGAUAAAAUAUUUUAAUUGUAAUAAGGAAGAGUUGCCUUUAUUUUCAAAUGACCUUCAAGCUGCCUAUAUACCUCACAACUCUGAUUCAAAAGAUAAAAAACAGGAAAUAGCUGAAACACCAACGUCAUUGUCUAAUAUGAUAUCUAAUUGUGACUUAGUUGCCCAACACAAAAAAAAGAAAUAUGACAUUCAUGAGAGAAAUGGGGUGAAGUUUCUUAAAAGUAUUUUAAAAAAAGAAUCUAAGUACGAACAUGAUUGUUUUAAGACACUAGUUAUAAACCAAGGCUUUGAGUUAGGAAGUCAAAAAGCAGCAGCUAUCAGAGAUAGUAUUGAAUUAACAAAAGAAAAAGGAAAAGGUGCAGAAAUUCCAAAGACUAUUAAAAAACUGAGAUGGUUUGAUGAAACUGGAGAUGCAGAAAAAAAUGCUGAAGAUAAUCAUUCACUGAAGAAUAGAACAGGAAUAUCUCAACAGUGGUCUCAACCAUUCCACACUCAAAAUGAAAGCGGUGCUGCCAACAACAUAAUUAGUGUUCCUGCCUGUGCUGUAAAUUCUGCUGAUAGAAAAAAGCCCAAAGAUGAUUCUAGCUCUGAAAAUGUCGCUGCUUUAGGAGGACCUGGAAGAGACUAUGUGCCUUUGAACUGUUUUAUACCUUCAGAUUAUAACAUUGCUGAACAAGCCUGGCCAGCCUCAAGACAAGAGGAAAGUAAAUCCCCUGUAUAUAGUGGUGAUUCUAAAACUCAGAAAGCUAAUCCACAAAGAGGUGGAGCAAAAGUAGUUAGAAGAACAAGAUCUGCUAAAGUCCAAUCAGGCUUUAUAUACACGAACAGAAAAGGCACUGUUAUUCGAUCACAGUCUGCAGGCAAAGCCAACACAUUUUUACAAGCUCAGGGUAGAUUAAUUGUACCUCAUCCCCCUCCUAAAUCUCCAUCAAAUAUUAGGAGUCAUAAAAAUAUACAAGCAUCUCAAUGUCAAUCAGUAAGGUCUGAAAAUUCUCAAAACAUUAUUACACAUAACUAUUUAAAUUCAAAGCCUGUGCUUCCAACAGAAGACAAAGUGAAUCAGUGGAAUCAAGAAAGUAGUCUUCCACUCUCACGUGUUUGUUCUGACUUAGACACUGUGAUGCCAUCUCUACCUUAUUGUUCUUCUGAGUGCCAAACUUUAGCAAAAGUAAAUCAUUCAAAUGGCACUCACAUGGUUGCUCAGCAAGAUGGGACGUUACAUUAUACCCAAAGAUGUCCUGUUUAUGAAGAAAGUCAUCAUUCUGUGACUCUUAGAACUACUAAAGAAGAAUCUGUUCCCUUGUGGAAAAGACAGUGUAAUAUUCUGGGUCAAAAUGAAAAGGCUGCUGAUUCUACUGUUAUAAGAAGAAAACGAACUGUUGAAAAUAAGCAGAGAAAUCUUUUAGAGCAGAAAAGAGAAAACUCUGGAUCUGUAGGACAGAAGUACAGUGAACAAAUGAAUAAUUUUGGACAAAGUGUCCAGCUGAGUUCAAGUGAGCCAAAAAAAACCACAAGGGGUACUUCUAAUAUUGAAGAAGUUUCAGACAGUACUUCUGAGUUUUUGAUGGCUGAAAACCUGGUGAAAGCUUCAGUGCCUGAGGAUGAAAUUCUAACUGUCAUGAAUAGCAAGCAGCUGCAGAAACCAAAUCUGGCUUUAAAUAAGACCCAGCGAUUCAACAUCUGUGCACUAUCAGCUGAAGAACAGAAGAUCCUACAAUCCCUAAAUCGUCUCAAUGAAAGGUUACACUUACUAUGUACAAGAAACUAUUUGCAAAAAUCCACGCAUCAAAAAUACCUUACAAAUAAUAUCACUUCCGAACAGCCAGCCAAGGGCCAGUCUCUCUCGUGAUGUCGGACCCAGACUGCAGAGGCGACACUGACGAAGCACAACAGCAACUGUGAAAUGGAAUCAUUAUCUUCGAGAAUCUUGUAUAAAUAUAUAAUACAGUUCUGCAUUUGUUAAUGACUUAAAACACUGUCACCACAAAAUAAAGGUAAAUCAUAAUAUGGGUAAUGGAGAUAAAUUGACUAGUUUACGUUUAUGCUACAAAUUCUACUUCAUUAUGUAUUUUAUUGUUAAAUACAUUUUUAAUGAAUGGAAAUACUUUAUUGUUUUUAAUGAGCAUGCUACUGGAAAUAAAUUCAUUAUAUUUAAAAAUACAACAGAGGAUAUUUUGUUAUUCAAAUUAUGUAUUAACUAUAGUUGUGAAGCUUUGUUUUUCUGUAAUUCCUAAUAAAUUCUAUUAAAUUUUUGUACAAUGAUGUAAAAAGUUUAUGACUAAUAAUAUCCCAUAUAUAUAGUAAAGCUGUUUAUUUAGGGCUUUGAAGGACCUCUGUACUUUGGAGAUGUUACCAAAAGGUCUUGUUCUCAAUUUUGCAUGUUCAGAAAUUAAAGUUAUCACUUUAUCCAUGGGUAAUUGGUCUCUAAAGAACUGACUAUACUAGCAAAGCUCACGAGGUAAAUGGUAAA